CACACUUACGGCCCAGUUUUGUUCAGCCUCUUUCUUCCUUUCUCCUCCGCUGACGGCAAAGCAAAUCCGGUAGGAAGUAGGCGGCUAUGGCGACGACGGCCGCGGCGUACGGCUGCUCCUCGGCGGCGUCGCUGCUGCCCUCCGCGGCGUUCCCGGGGAGACGCUCCUACCGCCGGUCACCUCCUCCCCGCGUCUCCCUCGCCGCCUCCUCGAAGCCCAGGACGACGGCGCACGGGUUGAGAGUUUCGUGCCGUCGAAGGAGGCUAGUUGUCUCUGCUUGCUCUUCCGGCGAGGCCAGUUCGGAAGCGCCGGCGUCCCCGACGGAAGCCACUGUUGAUAUAAAGCUUCCAAGAAGAAGCUUGCUUGUCCAAUUUACAUGUAAUAAAUGCGGUGAAAGGACCCAACGCUUGAUAAACAGAUUAGCCUAUGAAAGAGGAACAGUUUUUCUUCAGUGUGCAGGGUGCCAGGUGUACCACAAGUUUGUGGAUAAUCUUGAUCUAGUUGUUGAAUUUGAUCUACGAGAAGAAAAUGCGCUACAAGAAGAAAAUGUGGUGAACACGGAUUCUGAAGAUUGAUGUAUCAUGAGAAGUCAUGUUGGUAUGCAAAAUAUCCUGUAGGCUGUAGAUUUUGACAAUAUUGAUUAUUUGGAUGCUGUAGACUAUUUAUAUUAAAUGGCAGGUUACUUUAAAUUGUUGCAUAUACUCAUGUGAGUACAACUGGGCCUACAUGUACUUUACAAUGUGGUAUCUGAUUUUAUGAAGGAAAUAAAGUAUCA